CGGCAGUCGGGGACCAUGGUGGCCGCGCGCGCUGGGAGCGGGGCUGCGCGGACGUGGGCGCCGCUGCUGCAGCUGCUGCUGGCGGGGCUCGGGGGCUGCCUGCGCCGCCAGGAGCUCUUCCCCUUCGGCCCGGGGCACGGGGACCUGCAACUGGAAGCCGGCGACGACCGCGUCUCCCCCGCGCUGGAACUGAGCUGGGGGCUUCGCUUCUACGACCGCUCGGACAUCGACUCUAUCUACGUCACCACAAAUGGCAUCAUCGCGAUGAGUGAGCCCCCAGCAAAAGAGUCCCAUCCUGGACUCUUCCCACCAACCUUUGGGGCCAUCGCACCUUUCCUGGCUGACUUGGACACCACAGAUGGCCUUGGGAAGGUUUAUUAUCGGGAAGACUUCUCUCCUGCUGUCGCUCAAAUGGCCACAGUGUGUAUCCAGCGAGGGUUCCCAGAAGUCUCUUUCCAGCCCAGUAGUGUGGUGGUUGUCACUUGGGAAUCCGUGGCUCCCUACCAAGGGCCCGACAGGGACCCUACCCAAGAAGGCAAGAGAAACACAUUCCAAGCUGUCCUGGCCUCCUCGGAUUCCAGCUCCUAUGCCAUUUUCCUGUACCCAGAAGAUGGUCUGCAGUUCUACACAACAUACUCAAAGAAGGACAGGAGCCAAGUCCCCGCUGUGGUUGCGUUCAGUCAAGGUUUAGUGGGAAUCAUAUGGAGGAGCGACGGUGCUUAUAAUACAUUUGCAAAUGACAGAGACUCCAUUGAAAACUUGGUCAAGAGGAGCAACUCGGGGCAGAAGGGUGUCUGGGUGUUUGAGAUUGGAAGUCCAGCCACGACCAAUGGGGUGGUACCUGCUGAUGUGUACCAUGCACUUGAUGAUGAAGCAGAGUAUGAAGAGGAAGAGGAAGACUAUGACCUGGUAACAAGACUGGACGUGGAGGACGUGGCCGCCACCACCGUCCCCUACGAGACUCUGGGAAGGAGAGACACAGACACCUAUGAUUUGCCAAGUGCCCUCUCUCCACAACACACAGCAAAUGAGAGUCCCCAGGAACAGCCCAUGGUGAAGGCCAGGUCCUUCCAAUUACCAGUGGAAAGGGUUUCCCAGCAGCACCCACAGGUGAUAGAUGUGGAUGAAGUUGAGGAAACAGGAGUUGUUUUCAGCUACAAUACUGACUCCCAGCAGACAUGUGCCAACAACAGACACCAGUGCUCCAUCCACGCAGAGUGCAGGGACUAUCCCACUGGGUUCUGUUGCCGCUGUGUGGAUGGCUAUACAGGCAAUGGCAAGCAAUGUGUCGCUGAAGGUUCCCCUCAGAGAGUUAAUGGCAAAGUGAAAGGAAGGAUCUUUGUGGGGGACAGCCAAGCCCCCAUUGUCUUUGAGAACACCGACCUCCACUCUUACGUCGUGAUGAACCAUGGGCGCUCCUAUACCGCUAUUAGCACCAUACCUGAGACGCUUGGGUAUUCGCUGCUUCCCCUGGCCCCCGUGGGAGGCAUCAUUGGAUGGAUGUUUGCUGUGGAGCAGGAUGGAUUCAAGAAUGGGUUCAGCAUCACUGGUGGUGAGUUUACCCGGCAGGCCGAGGUCACCUUCGUGGGGCACCCAGGCAAGCUGGUGGUCAAGCAGCAGUUCAGUGGCAUCGAUGAACACGGGCACCUGACCAUCGACACGGAGCUGGAGGGCCGAGUGCCGAAGAUUGCAUUUGGCUCCAUGGUCCACAUUGAGCCGUACACGGAGCUCUACCACUACUCUCCCUCAGUAAUCACAUCUUCCUCCACAAGAGAGUACACUGUGACGGAACCUGAGCAGGAUGGGGCUGCCCCCUCCCACACCUACACCUACCAGUGGCGACAGACCAUCACCUUCCAUCAGUGUACCCAUGAUGAGGCCCGGCCUGCCCUGCCUAGCACCCAGCAGCUCUCAGUGGACAGCGUGUUUGUCCUGUACAACCAGGAUGAGAGGAUCUUACGAUAUGCUCUGAGCAAUUCUAUUGGCCCUAUGAAGGAUGGCUCCCCGGAUGCCCUUCAGAAUCCCUGCUACAUUGGCACCCAUGGCUGUGACACCAAUGCUGCAUGCCGGCCUGGCCCCGACAUACAGUUCUCCUGCGAGUGCUCCGUUGGUUUCCGAGGAGAUGGGCGGACCUGCCAAGAUAUCGAUGAAUGUUCAGAGCAGCCUUCCGUGUGCGGGAGUCAUGCCAUCUGUAACAAUUACCCCGGCACUUUCCGCUGUGAGUGUGCGGAAGGCUAUCGGUUUUCUGAAGAGGGGACCUGUGUGGCUGUCGAGGACCAGCGCCCUAUCAACUACUGUCUAAGUGGACUCCAUGACUGUGACAUCCCCCAGCGGGCCCAGUGCAUCUACACGGGAGGGUCCUCCUACAGCUGCUCUUGUCUGCCUGGCUUCUCGGGGGGUGGCCGGGCCUGUCGAGAUGUCGAUGAGUGCCAACCAAGCAGAUGUCACCCUGAUGCCUUUUGCUAUAAUACCCCAGGCUCCUUCACCUGCCAGUGCAAGCCUGGCUACCAGGGAAAUGGCUUCCGUUGCUUACCUGGGGAAGCCGAGAAAACCAGGUGUCAGCAUGAGCGUGAGCGCAUCCUGGGGGCAGCAGACGCCACAGACCCUCAGCGGCCGGGGCCCCCAGGACUCUUCGUUCCCGAGUGCGAUGAGCACGGGCAGUACUCGCCCACCCAGUGCCACGGAAGCACCGGGCAUUGCUGGUGCGUGGACCAGGAUGGCCGAGAGAUUGAGGGCACUAGGACCAGGUUUGGAGUGCAGCCCCCAUGUCUCAGCACAGUGGCACCCCCAACUCACUACGGACCCCCAGUUCCUACUGCUGUGAUUCCCCUGCCACCUGGGACCCACUUACUCUUUGCCCAGACUGGGAAGGUAGAGCACCUGCCCUUGGAGGGAAAUACUAUGAAGAAGGUGGAAGCCAAGACGCUCUUUCAUGCUCCGGAUAAAGUUAUCAUUGGACUUGCCUUUGAUUGUGUGGACAAGAUGGUUUACUGGACCGAGAUCACCGGACCUUCCAUUGGGAGAGCCAGUCUUCAUGGGGGAGAGCCAACCACCAUCAUUCGACAAGAUCUCGGCAGCCCAGAAGGCAUUGCUCUCGACCAUCUUGGUCGCAACAUCUUCUGGACGGAUUCUCACCUGGAUCGAAUUGAAGUUGCAAAGUUGGACGGCAGCCAGCGCAGGAUGCUAUUUGACACUGAUCUGGUGAACCCCAGAGGCAUCAUAGUGGAUGCUGUGAGAGGAAACCUUUAUUGGACAGAUUGGAACAGAGAUAACCCCAAAAUUGAAACUGCCUACAUGGACGGCACAAACCGGAGGAUCCUUGUGAAAGAUGACCUGGGUUUGCCCAACGGGCUGACCUUUGACGCAUUUUCAUCUCAGCUCUGCUGGGUGGACGCAGGCACCAAGCGGGUGGAAUGUGUGAGCCCCAGUCAGCCCAGCAGACGCAAGGUUCUUGAAGGGCUGCAGUAUCCUUUUGCUGUGACGAGCUAUGGGAAGAAUCUGUACUACACAGACUGGAAGACAAAUACUGUGAUUGCUGUUGAUCUUGCGAUUUCCAAAGAGAUGGAUGCCUUCCACCCCCACAAACAGACGCGACUGUAUGGCAUCACCACCGCCCUUUCUCAGUGUCCACCAGGCCACAACUAUUGCUCUGUGCACAACGGCGGCUGUACCCACCUCUGCUUGGCCACCCCUGGGAGCAGGACCUGCCGUUGUCCUGACAACACCCUUGGAGUUGACUGUAUCGAGAGGCAAUGAAGAUAGAAGAGCUCAUUCCCUCUCCAAGCAUUUCACAUCAACACCCUACUUGAAAAGGUUCAGGCUGAACACUGUCCCCUGAUUCAUUCAGUGGCCACCAGGUCUAGCCCAUCCUGUGCCCUACUAACUUUCCCCUCACUGUUCCCCAAAUCACACGCCUUGGGUUUGGGUUUGUAGACUGGGAAAGCGUCUACUCCACCCUGAGGCCAACAAACUCUCCUGGACCCCACACUCAGAUAAGCUGACGUAGCCCCUGUGGAAUUGUGUGCCUUAUCCCACUCCUGUGGAACCUGUUCCCAACCGUAGCCCCACUUUGAGGCGAACACUCCAGGCCCGAGGUAUCUUUCCUUCAAGGACUGAGAACUCAGCCUUGCUCUCUUCCACUUUCAAUCAAGACCCUCCUCGGCAAAGGUGGUGAGUGAAAGCAGUAGCCUUCCCACACUGUUUCUCUUGGUGCUCUAAAACCCCAUUUUAUACUCUGAGCUUCCUGUACCUCCGUUAUUUGCAACUUCCAUCCUGCCCAAGGUCCCCCUUAUAGUGAGUAUGGCCUGCCUUUAGAUGAAAAACAAAAACACGAAAAUCCCACCUUGUCCUAGGGAUACGUGUGUAUUUUGUGACUGAAAGUAGGCCAUCUCUAGAUAAGGUAUUAGCAUUUCAGCAAUAGCCUCCAGUAGUCAAAGCCUCACAUCAGAGAAAUGUUCAGUGGUAAGAAUUUCCAGGUGUAGAGAUGGAUGUUUGAGAAAAGAGAAUUAUUUUAAUGUGCCUUAAAUUUCACUCAAGACUACCCACGUGCUCCCUUUUCCCCAGAGUAUGCCCCACUCACCUGUAUCCAUUCUCACCUGUCCUCCGGAGGUAGCUUAUUGGAGCCAAAAUUGGUAGAUAAUCUUUUCGUAAAUAUGUGGCCCCAAGAAUCCCAAAAUCUGAAGAAGAAAAUGUGGAUCUCUUACGUAGCCCAAUCCAAAGUCAGUUUAAUUUUGUUUAUGGGUUUAUCAUCCCAUAAGCCCUCUAUAUCAAAUGUUCAUCUGGUUGUGUAUAACUUUUGUAUAACUAUUUUAUAAACGUUAAUAAGUUCAUUCUAAACUUAAAACGAUAACUUCUUACACUGUGGAAACCACUAAAGGUGCUUGUUAAAUGUUCUCCCAGACUUAUUCAAGUAUUGGAUUAUUCCUUGAGUUUACAUCUGUACAAGUAUUAGUACUGAAAAAUAAAAGACAUUUUUUGGUAAAAAGAAAA